GUGACACAAGCCGCGUUUGUAGUCCGUCCCUGGUUUGAAUCGAAGUCUGUGGCAGGGACAGCGAUGGCGAAUGUAGCGCUCGUUGAACCUGGCCUGUGUUCGUCGGAAAUGACUGCCAUCACCAUUCCAUCCGUGUCGCGAGAAUUGCCCGAGUGCCCCUCGCCCCAUCGACGGCAUGUGGUGAUGCCCCCGCGAUGGAUGCUCAAUCCUGAAUCGAGCUUCAAGAUCAAAUGGGACGUCGUGUUGGCGCUAUGCGUGUUUUACACGUCUUGUGUGGUCCCCGUGCGCAUCAGUUUUGGCAUCGACGCGACUGGGUUCUUUUACGUGUUUGAAUGCGGCCUCGAUUUUUGCUUCUUCGUCGACAUCCUGUUUAGUUUUCGCACGGGCCUCGUCGACCCCACGACUGGGCACGUGUAUUACAACCAGCGACAGAUCGUGCAGACGUACUUGCGCGGUUGGUUUGCCAUCGAUUUGGUGUCGACGGUGCCACUGGAGUUUAUGGCCAAACACCUGUACCCUGACGUCGCGUCCAAUACGCUGCAAUCAGCAAAGAUCUUGCGUGGCCUCAAGCUCAUUCGGCUCUUGAAGCUCGUGCGCAUUCGAAAGAUCGGGCAAAUGAUCUCCAAGCUCGAAGGAGAGGUGUUUGCCAACCAAAGCGUGCUCGCCCUUGUCAAGAUUCUUCUUUUCAUGCUGUUCCUCGCGCACUUGGUUGCGUGCGUGUGGUUUUACGUGGCGCAACUUAGCCCGUACUCGUGGUCCAAGUCGAUGGGAUUCAUGGCCAACGACCACGCGAACGUGGUGUCGUUGCAGUACUUGUCGUCGCUCUACUGGGCCAUCGUCACGAUGACGACGGUCGGGUACGGUGACAUCACACCAAAGACCAAGACCGAAUUGAUCAUUGCCAUGUUCGUCAUGAUUAUUGGCGUGUCCAUGUUUGGUUAUGUUAUCGGCAACAUAACGUCGCUCGUCGACAACAUCAACGCGGCCGGCCGCAUGCAGUCGCAGCAUAUCACGACGCUCAAGGAGUACGUUAUCGUGCGGAACCUGCCCAAGCACUUGGGAAAGCGUGUGCUCGACCACUUUGAGUAUUAUUACCGGCAUCGCUCCGUGUUUGAUGAAGACGCGAUCCUCAAAAACCUUCCGACCGGCAUGCGAAACGACGUUGUGCACCACGUGCUUCAAAAGACGAUCGCGCGCAUCGACUUGCUCUCGUCUGGCCAUCACGAAGGACUCGUCAGCGAUCUCGCGGUCGCAAUGCAGCCGUUUUUUUGCGUACAAGACGACGAAGUAUACGCCGAGCAAGACAUCGCGGUGCACGUGUUCUUCCUUCUCAAAGGAACGGUGCGACUUGUCAACACCAAGUGGAAGCCAAAGCCUGGCGUUUCCAGGUCUAUCGUGACGAUCGAGGAAGGCGGGCAUUUUGGCCAGGUGGAGCUGUUUCAUCCAAGGUACUCUCGAGGCAUGCGACUGGCGUCGGCCGUUGCGAAAACAUACUGUCAACUUACGAUGCUGUCCCGGCCGUCCAUCGAAUCGAUCGGCAAGACGUGGCCCGAGCUCAUCGCUCGGUUUGUCGUUGAAGCGACUGUACAAGCCAAGCUGAUGGAACCGAUCCUGAGCGCCGCCGCGGACAAAUCGUUUGAGGUGCAUUCUGACCUGAAACCAUCCCCGGCCGCCGCAAGGUCCAUCACGCUGCCGCCGAUGGCCUUAUCCCCCGCUGAUGAGAUCCUUCCCGCCGGUGCCACCUCUAGCAAUUCGGACGGCCAACAACAGCUCGUGAAGGAUGCCAACACUUGCAUCGCAUUCAGCACGGUGGCUCCGCUCUCCGCCCCAGUCGAAAAGCCCUGCCGAGGCACUGCUCAAGGAAACGAUUCCCACGUUCCUGUCGUCGCAGGCUCACACCGCCUGCACUUGCCAGAGAAGAAGGUGGCGCAUUUCCACUGGAUGCUGCACCCCCACGACAUUUUUGUCGUGAAUUGGCAAAUGACAGUCGCCACGGCGAUCGUGUACUCGUCGUUCAUGGUGCCGUACCGCAUCGCGUUCGAAGCAGAGCCGGUCGCGGAAGGCCGGUACCUCGACACGUUUGUCGACGUCCUCUUUGGCCUGGACAUUGCAAUCAUGUUUCGUCUGGCAUACCACAAUGCAGACCGGCAGCUCGUCUGCAACGCAGGGACGAUUGCGAAAAAGUACAUCAAGGGGUGGUUCGUCAUCGAUUUGUUCUCGACGCUGCCGUUCGACACGAUUGGGGCCAUGUUUGUCGCACCCGGCAGCGCCGCCCAAGUCGCCGAGAGCACAAAGUACCUGCGCAUGUUUCGUGUCGCGCGCUUAUUCAAGCUCGUUCGGCUGCUCAAGAUCGGCAAAGUGUUCAAGCGCAUUCGCGACUCGAUCCAGUUGAGCCCGUCGACGGAGCGGCUUCUCAAACUCGUCACAAUCAUGAUUUGCUUUGGCCACUGGUGCGCGUGCAUCUUCCACUGGAUCAUGUUGUUUGAGGAAGAAAGCGGGGGCCACACGUGGUGCACCGACUACUUCUUUCCGUACGACGACGAUCCGGGGGCUUGUUCUGACCGCGUGCCCAACGAAGAUCGCUACGUCGUGGCCAUUUACUGGGCGUUCACCACCAUGACCACCGUCGGCUACGGCGACCUCCACCCGUCCAAGUUUUCCGUCCCCGAGCUCAGCUUCGCCGUCGUCUGCUUGAUUGUCAACUCGACCGUGUUUGCCUACGUCGUCAGUGGCAUUAUUGGCGUCAUUUCCAACCACAACCCAAGCGAACGAGAGUACCGCACUCAAAUGAAUGAAAUGAAAGACUACGUGCGCGACACAGCGAUGAGCGUCCGGCUUAGCAGCAACGUCAAGCGGCACUACGACUUUUUGCUCAGCACGACGUGCUUGUUCCCGGAAGAGCAGAUCUUCAACCAACUGCGACCGAGCCUCCGCUUCGACGUCGCCAGGCUGGUCGCAAGCAACACGAUCAUGACCAUCAACAUCAUUGCGACGAUGGAGAAGAAGUACAAGGGGUUUGUCAGCUACGCGCUGUUUCUGCUGCGACCGCAGUUUAUCCUGCGCAGCGAGCGCGUGUGUCGGAGCGGGAGUCCUGGCACGGAGAUGUUUUUCCUCGUCGAGGGCGAGUGCGAGCAAAUGGACCAAGACAACCACAACGUCCGCGUGUUGGGGGAAGGCACGUUGUUUGAAGCGUAUGCGUUGCUGGCUCCGCCAGAAGAGCACUAUCGCAUGCAGAGCACGGUGACCGCCCUCACGCCAACCUGUCAACUGUAUUCGCUGUCUGUGCAAGAAUUCGAAUCGAUCGCGGACCUCUCGCCCGCCAUCUCGGUCAACUUGGGCUACGAGUUGGCGAUGUCCGUGAAGAAGGACGACUUCUUGCGAUUAUCUGCAGAUCAGGUGCAAAAAACCGUCCUUCCAGUGCUGCACUUGCUGAACCUUCUUUGA